GCCAUCGAAUAACUUUUAUUUAUUAGAAUUACUGUCAAACGUCAUGUUUGAAUCAUACGUCAGUUGUCAUUCAUUGUGUCGUUUCGUUUCGUUUUCUGUUUCUGUUUUGUUUUAUUCAAUAAUUGUGACUCAAGAAUGACUGUUAUGUGACGCUUAAAUUAAGUAGGAUUAUUGUUUUUUCUUAUCACUAUUUGUAAAUAUAAAUGUUCAGCUAUGUGGUUGUUUUGGAUUACACCUUUAUUAGGAAUAUGUUCGGCCCAAGUAAACCCAUACAACGUCAACCCUUUGAAUGAAAAUCAAAACAGCAUCAACGAAAAUGAUGAGAACAAUUUGAACAAUCGAAACUACAACCCUAACUUCAAUUACCCCGACUACAACCAAAAUCAAAAUAACUACAACCAGGGCUCCUACAACCAGGGCUCCUACAACCAGGGUACUUACAACCCCAACCAAAAUACAAAUUACAACAGAGAUUUUAAUAAUUUUAACCCAAACACAAAUUACCCCAUGUAUGGAUAUGGAGGAAAUUAUAAUUAUGGAAGUACUGAUGAAUUAAAAUGCCCUCCAUUUUGGAUACGUUACCAAAACAGUUGCUACAAGUUCGUAAAGUCUCCUUUAAGAGCUUAUAAUGAAGCCAGAAGAAUUUGCCAGACUUACACCCCUAACAACGGACCCAUUGGAACCAAUGGUGGAUCUGACUUAGUAUCUAUAAAUACCCCAGAAGAACACGGUUUCAUCAUUUACCAACUGAACUCCAUAGAUCCACAACACAGAAGAUGGUACAUAGGAGCCCAUCAAGGCUCUCCGGGUUAUUAUAGCAACGCUGAUGGCACCCAGUUAGCCAACGUUGAAAACGCUAUAAUCGAAAUAGAAUAUCCUUAUGGCAGGGACUAUCUCGCCUAUAAUUUUUCCAGAUCAAUUUUACGUUGGGGUUUCGAACCAAUCCAAGGAGACGAGCCAUUAAGGUUCAUUUGCGAAGCCAAUAUUGGAGUUGUACAAAGAUUGGUCACUGAUGAAAGGAGUUUUACUUACGGGAUCGAUACUGUAGAUCCUGAAAGGAUACCAAGGGGGCCUUAUUUUAUUAAACAACCUACCGAUGCAAUUUUUGAUGUUUCCAAAAGAAAGCUUUACAACGAUGUUAGUCUAAGCUGCUUGGCUGGAGGAUACCCGACACCAACAUACGAAUGGUACAGGGAAGAUUAUAGAAAGGACAGGCUUGUCGCUCACAAGAUAGAUCCCUUACUGGAUAGUCGUUACACAAUUAGCGGUGGCACUUUAAUAAUACACAACCCUCAUGAUAAGCAAGACCACGCUACUUAUCAUUGCAAAGCUUCGAACAAAUUCGGAACGAUAAUAUCUGAAAGUGUCCAACUGAAUUUCGGGUUUGUUCUGGAAUUCGUUUUGAAACGUUUGGGUGAAUCGGGUGAUCAAAAUUGGGGUAAAUCAUUCUACUGUGAUCCACCGAACCACUUCCCUGCUGUUAAAUACUCCUGGUCUCGUGAUUAUUUUCCCAAUUUCGUCGAAGAGGACAGGCGUGUUUUCGUCUCGAACGAUGGGUCUUUAUAUUUUUCUGCCUUGGAAACUAUAGACAGAGCUAAUUACAGUUGUAGUGUUAAUUCAGAAUUUUCGGACUCUGGUAGAAAUGGUCCAUUUUUCCCUUUAAAAGUAAAUCCGCAUUCAAACUAUCAACAACUUAAGUUUCCGAAUAACUUCCCUAAAGCUUUUCCCGAAGCACCCACAGCUGGGAAAGAUCUUAGAUUAGAAUGUGUUGCCUUUGGAUAUCCUGUGCCGAGUUACAAUUGGACAAGGAAGGGUGAUAGAUUACCGAAAAGUGCCUUUUUAACAAAUUACAAUAGAGUUCUUGUGAUACCUAAAGUUCAAGUUGAAGAUGAGGGUGAAUAUGUUUGCCGUGCCUACAAUGAUAGAGCUAGUAUAGAAAAUAGUGUUAUUGUUACCAUACAAGCUGAACCAAUGUUCACUAUUCCUUUGACUGAUAGACAUGCAGAUAGCAAAAGUGAACUGAUAUGGACAUGCGAAGCUUUUGGAAUACCUGAUGUAAAUUACACAUGGUGGAGAAAUGGUCGUCAGUUAGUUAUGGGUUAUAUGGAUAUUGAAGAUCGAGGUAGGAUUAAAAUUCAAGAUAAUGUUUUGACCAUUUCUUACUUGGACCAGGACAAAGAUCCGGGAAUGUAUCAAUGUAGAGCAUCUAAUACAUUGAAAACGACUUACUCUUCUGCGCAGCUACGAGUCUUAGCUUUCAAACCAUCAUUCAAAAAGCACCCUCUAGAGUUUGAAUCAUAUGCAGCUGAAGGUGGCAACGUGACUAUAGAAUGUAACCCUGAGGCAGCUCCCAGGCCUAAAUUUGUAUGGAAAAAAGACGGGAACGUUUUAGGUUCCGGAGGCCACCGAAGAAUAUUCGAUAACGGCAAUUUGUACAUCAGUCCUGUGUCAAGAGACGACGAAGGAUUGUACACUUGCACAGCUUCAAACGAGCUUGGCAUAGACGAAUCCAGAGGGCGACUCAUUGUUCUAAGAGGUCCUCGUCUGGUCGAACCUUUGAGUGACACCUUGAGAACAUCAAUGGGCAGAAGCAUCGAUUUGCGUUGUUACGCAGUGACCGAUGAAAUGUUAGAUAUCGCUUAUAUUUGGAAACAUAAUGGAAUGGUCAUCCGUGAUAUCGAUGUAAAGAAUUCGUUCACUCGAAUGAAGGUCGACGGGGGUUACUUGCGAAUAAACAACGCGUCGUUCUCGGAUACAGGAGAAUACGAGUGUUUGGUUAAGUCUGCCGUCGGUAAAAUAUUUUCACGAUCUUUAGUUAUUGUCGAAGGUCCUCCUGGUCCCCCGGGCGGGGUUCAAGUGCUAAAUAUUCAAAAAACGUCGGUGACAUUACAAUGGACUGAUGGAGCUACGCAUGGUUCUCCAAUCUACAGUUACAGUAUAAGCGGUAGAACUAACUGGAACCAAACUUGGGUUAACAUCACCCAAGGCAUAAGAGCUACGGAAAUUGAUAGAUACACAGGAAGGAAAGAGGCUAUUAUAGACAACGUUUUAACACCAUGGUCGAUAUAUGAGUUUAGAGUAUCAGCUUGGAAUGGAUUGGGAAUGGGCGAGCCUUCUCAGCCUAGUCCUAAACAUUACACUCCUCCGGAUAGACCCUACAUUCCUCCCCAUAAUAUUUGGGGAGGCGGCGGUAAAAUUGGUGAUCUCUCCAUAAAAUGGACGCCUCUCAAAUCCGACGAACAAAAUGGCCCGGGAAUAUACUACAAAAUAUUCUGGAAGAGGUUAGGCGGUGAAGCAGAAUUUAAAAGUCAAUCUUUGGAAGCUUUUGGAAACGUCGGAGGAGCCGUAGUUUAUAUCAAUCCCAAGUAUUAUUACUCAGAAUAUAUCGUAAAAGUUCAAGCAAUUAACGACGAAGGACCAGGACCCAUUAGCAAAGAAAUCAUUAUAUACUCAGCUGAAGAUAUGCCUCAAGUUGCUCCUCAGUUAGUUGUGGCGAAGUCUUAUAACUCGACAGCUCUCAAUGUUAGUUGGGUACCUGUUGACCAGACGAGAGAAAAGAUCAGAGGAAAACUGAUUGGCCACAGAAUAAAAUAUUGGAGAAAAGACACCCUCGAGCAAGAUUCUGUAUACUAUUUGUCGAGACAUACCAGACCAUGGGCUCUUAUCGUUGGUCUUCAGCCCGAUACUUAUUACUACGUAAAAGCUAUGGUGUACAAUGCGGCUGGCGAAGGUCCAGAAAGUGAACGUUUCAUAGAACGCACUUACAGAAAGGCUCCUCAGAAACCGCCUUCAUCUGUUAUUGUUUAUGGUAUUAAUCCAUCUACAGUUAAAGUCGUUUGGCGAUAUGUACAGCCAUCUUUGGAGGAGGAACCUUUACAAGGUUACAAGAUAAGAGUAUGGGAGAGCGAUCAAGAUAUAAGCACUGCCAACGAUACAAUAAUACCAUUCGGUGGGAAAUUGGAAGGUUAUGUCUAUAAUCUUUCGCCUGGUAAAGUGUACAAAUUGAGGGUGUUAGCUUAUUCGAAUGGUGGAGAUGGUCGAAUGAGUUCGCCAGAAAAGGAAUUCCAAAUGGGAAAACCACAAUAUUAUCGGAGCACAGCUAGUGGCGUACAAACUAGUUUAUUAACUUUUGCAAUAACUGCAAUGCAUUACAUUUUCAGAAAUUCGUAAUGUUAUGGCGUAUAUUAAUGUGUUUUCUAUUCCAUCCUCUCUAUUGUUAAUAUUUAAUUUUAAUUUCAUAUGGUAGUAGAUCUGAUUUUUUGAUAUUUUUUUAUACUUUUUUUAAUUUUUGGUAUUUUAUUGUGAAAUAUGGUUACGACUCCGUCCAAUAGAUAAUUGUUUUAUAGAUUUUUUUUAAUUACUAUGAAGCAGAACUGCUAUGUAUGAAUUAUUUUAGCAAGUACCUGCAAGAGUAUCAUUCCAAUUCACUUAAAGAAACAUAUUUUGCUUCAUAGAUUUGAAGUUGAUAAUAAUUUUUAUAUUUACAAUGAAUAAACAUUUCAUAUUUUU